CGGUGCGUGAUACUGGAUGUCUUGUUGGGCUGACGGUUGACGGCACAUCCCAGUAAACGGCAAUCUCGUUCUACGUAUCGUAUUGAAAGUGAAAGUGUGCGAGAUCAUCCAAUUUUCGCGGUUUAAACCUAUAUAGGUACAGUGACCGAGAAGCUCAUCUAGAAGCGGCGUGCUCGGAAGUGGACGCGUGCAGUCACCGUACGCAAGCGGACCACCUACGACGGGGAACGUGCCUGUGCUAGUUGGUGUCCUCACGAGACGAGAAAGUGUUGCUAAAAAUGUCCCAGCUCCUGGUGAUGUGGGCGCUGGCGCUGGUGCUGUUGUUUGCGGUCACACUGUGUGGUGUGCACGGACAGCAGAGUUCUCUGCUGAAGGACAGGACAACGCCGCAACCCAACAGUUCCUGCAACGCCAAAGAACAGUGGAGCCAAGAGGUGCCUCCAAGAGUGUGCAUCCAGGAUGGGUGUAUCCUGGGCACGUUCAUGGGUGGCAUGAAGCCGGCGGAAUCAUUCGAAGCUUUCCUUGGCAUACCGUUCGCAGAGCCACCGGUCGGUGAUCUUCGAUUUGCGAAUCCCAUCGUGAACCGGCCGUGGAAGGGUGCAGCGAUGGACUACAAUGCCUCGCACGAGAGGCCAAUGUGUCUCCAGCGGAAUGAUCUGCUACCGGGCUCACCGGUCUCGGGGAGUGAAGACUGUUUGUACCUCAACGUGUACCGGCCGAAGGUAUGCAACGACUCGCAGCAGAUCACGUCACUGCCCGUGAUGGUGUACAUCCAUGGUGGUGGUUUCUUCUCCGGUACGGCCAGCCCAUUGGUGGUAGGGCCCGAGUAUCUGAUGGACACGAAGCGCAUCGUUCUCGUCGCGAUCCAGUAUCGGCUCGGUGUGCUCGGUUUUCUGUCCACCGGUGAUUCGGCAGCACCGGGCAAUGUUGGGAUGAAAGAUCAAACACUAGCGCUGCGGUGGGUGCGGCAGAAUAUUCGCCACUUUGGUGGCGAUCCGGACCAGGUGACGAUCUUUGGUCAAAGCGCGGGCGCUACUUCAGUCCACAUGCACAUGAUCAGUCCGCUCAGUCGCAAUCUGUUCCGGCGGGCCAUCACGAUGAGCGGUAACUCGCUGGUACCGUGGAACAUCCCGACGAAAGAUCCUCUGGCGUUGGCCCGUGCGACUGCCGCCGUUGUCAACAUCGAGGACCACGAUCGUCUGUCCAGUAAAGCGUUGGUGGCGAAGCUACGCACAGUUCCCGGUGAGCAGCUGGUUGAAAACAACAAACUACUUAAGAGCUGGUCCAUCGAUCCAUUGACCCUUUACCGGCCAGUGGUUGAACCGAAGAAUGCCCCUGGCGCCUUCCUGGUGGAGGAACCGAAGGUUAGCUGGCAGAAUGGCAACUACCAACAGGUGCCGUGGCUGGUAGGCUACGUACCGAACGAGGGAGCCGUACGGGCACUGGCAAUCUUCAAGAACGAGCUACUGUUCCGUGAGCUGCAGAGCAACUUUAGCACCAUCUUGCCGAUUCUGCUCGAGCGUCCUCCAUCCAAGUUGCUGCUGGAGAAGGUUCGAGCACGCUUCCUUAAUGACUCGAGCGAAUCCUUGCCUAUCCGCAGUGAUCAACUGCAGGCUUUCACAGAUCUCUACACUGAGGCGGCCUUCCUGUAUCCGAUUCAGCUGGGUGUGAAGGAGUUUACCACGCAGACCAACACCAACCUGGCACCGGUCAGUGUGUACCGGUUCGCGUACAAGGGUCGCUAUUCGUACUCCAGUCUGUUUUCCGGCGGUGAUACCGGGGACUACGGUGUGGUACAUUGUGACGAUCUGAUCUACCUCUUCCGAUCGCCCGCCAUCUUUCCCGACUUCCCACCCGAUGCCCCGGAGCUCAAGAUGGUUGAUCUUUUCGUUAAUUUCUUCAUCGAUUUUGCCGUCAAUGGCAAAGCGAAAGCACUCACACCACAUCGGGAGUGCAAAACCGGCAACCAGGUGUACCAAUCGAUGGACUGUGAUGUGCAGGAGUUCCACCGGGAAGGUGACGAGGUGCUGGUGAGGGCGAGAAAUGAACGCAACGAGGAUAUGUUUGCGUUCUGGAAGGACUUCUACUGAGACUCGAGCCUUUCAAAAGGCGCGCUCGUUGUGGCUGCGGUGCGGCCAUCAUCAAAACACCAAAGUGAGAUACUUAACAGGCAACAGCACAGGAGGCAGGGCAAAUUGUAAGAUACACAGCCAGCAGAACAGUAGGCUCUUCGCACUUCGUUCGUACAAAUCCAAAAGUCGAAAACAAAGUAGGUUAGGCACGCUUGUUUCCCCGGGCAUCAAAUGGCUAGAAUGUGAAUGUGAAUAAAAGAAAAAAAGAAGGGUAGCACAUAGUGGACAAA